AAAAUUGGGAAGAGGAAGCUCGAGUCAGUCCGCAGUGGCGGGGAGCUCUUCAGCAUCCUUCUCGAGCAGCAGCUGAUCGCGAGCGGCGAGGUGUCGUUUCUUGAAGGCUUGCUUGAGAGCAUUAAAAGAGAAGAUUUGGUCUCACAGCUAAAGCAGUUCGUAGAGGAAGGGGAAGUUAAUGCUCCUGAUGAUCAACCAGAUGUGCAUGAAAAACGUCUGCUGAAGGCAGCUUUUGAAGUCAUAUGUGAAAAUGUCGGGAGAGACUGGAAAAUUCUGAUGCGAAAACUUGGCUUUUCUGAAGUGAAAAUGGAGAGAGUAGUGGCAGCUAAUCCAUUUAAUUUGCGGGAACAGUUGGCUCAGUCACUUCGAGAGUGGCAGAAAUGGAAGGGAAGAGAUGCAAAGGUGACUGACUUAAUAAAAGCUCUUCGGGGCUGUAAUAUGAAUUUGGUGGCAGACAGAGUUGAACAGAAGCUCUUGCCACUGAACGCUGGAACCAGGUGAAAUCAAGAUAAAAACACUUCUGUGUCCCAGCACGUGGGGAAGAAGGCAGAGACGUAGAGGUGCCUUCUACUUUUCUGAAGCAAAAUCAGUAUCAUUGGUUCUGUUACUUAUUCUGUCAUUAAUUUAUAUGUCUUAAUAGGUUGAUUUGUAGUCAGAUGAAUAUUAACAUAAAAACAAAUUCCUUUCAGGUAAUGCUUUGUAGUUUGAUGCUUCCUUUAAGAAAUUUUAACUUUUAGAAGACCUAAACUCCAUUUUUUAGAAAUUCUCACACUUUUGUUCUACCACCCACCUGAAAACAAGGUUUGCUUUACUGCAGGUACUUUUCAGAUAUAUCUUCUCUGAAACGACAUCCAUGGGACACUUCUGAGGCAACUGUAAUUUAUUAAAAUUUCA